AUGUCACCAUUGCUUCCCUUGGCAUACGACAGAUCUCGAAUAGAUGAAUUGACGAAUCCCCAUUCAAUCGUUCUUUCUACUGUCGUCACCAACAGAGGAUCUGAAUUAGAUGCGAUGGAUGAUCUGUUCGAUAUACCUACGGUCACACCUUCAUCUGAUCCGUACUCAGAGACUUCAUCUUUACCCUAUAGUUCUUCUUCCUCUUGCUUAGACACCACCAAAUUACCUUAUCUCCAGAAGUUGCAUAAACCACAGAAUGGAACCAUUCAUACUACACCGAGCUCUGAUACUUCUUUGGGGUCUCUCCAUCGGCUCCAAAAACUCACGCCAGGAAACGACCUUGCUCUUGAUCGAGAGGGUAAAGUAUAUGGGAUUAAACUUGCUGAUGAUACUUUUCCUAUGGGAUAUAGACCAAGUUUAUACGAUGACCCAACUUUUUUUGUUGUGCAGAACUCUACAGAAACACUCAACAGAGCCUCAGAAGUCAUCACACGGACGUUCGAACGCGAUCCCAAUAGGGAAAUCUAUGAAGCUUACAUGCUCGAUCUGGACAGAUAUGGCCUCAAGUCAUUGCCUGAACAGAUCAACGAUUUUCGAGACUUGGUUAUCUUCAACAGAAAGGGAGAAAUCACUCCGCCAUGCCUACAAUUAUUUGCAUCCAAUAACGAACUUCGGUCUAUUUCACCCAAGAUCUUUGAAAUUGGAGGUCUUGAAAUACUUGUGCUUCGAAACAACAAGAUUGCUCGUGUUCCGAGCGCUAUAGGACACGCCAAAUCUUUGAGGAAUAUCAACAUUGCGCAGAAUAAGAUCAAAUUCUUCCCUCAUACUAUUCUUAAUUUGGAUCAUUUGGAGGUGCUUACGAUAAGACCCAAUCAACUUAUCGAGGCAAGAGAAGUGGCAUGCCAAGAGGUUCAUAAGGUAGAACCGCUACAGGAUACAGAGUUUCAUGAGUUCGGUAAGGAAAUUAGGUAUACUGGAGAGUUGAGAUGGAUCACCAAGGACAAACUAAUCAGUGGAACGGCAAUUACUGCCAUCAAGUUGUCCAGAAACUUAUCGUCUUUGCAGGAAAACACUUUUUCCACGAAAGAGGCCAAUUUUUGGACUCUCCACCACACCCAACCUGACGAGGAUCACACUAGGGAGCAGGAGUAUGCCAUGAAGCAUACCUCAUGGUGUCCCAAAUUAAGUGAACUUGCGUCGAGAAGAAUUUCUGAAUACCUUAUUUCCCAAUCAGAGAUUAUGAAAUGGAAGGAUACUACGCACGAGAGAAUGUAUAAGAUGGCCAUUAAGGCGUUGAUACACAAGACAAAUGGAGAAACAUGCGGUUAUUGCAAGAAUAUAGUAGUAGAAUCGGUGGCCGAAUUGAUGGAAUGGUGGGACUUCAAAGAUUGCAGUCUCAUCCCCAUCAAGCGUAAUUUUUGUUCUAAGAGAUGUGCACUUCUUUGGUGGGAAAAGAUUGCACCGAUUACCACGAACGAGGAGUAUGGAGAAGAAGAAUACAAGAGGACAGAGCCUCACUUCUGGGAUUGA